AGGGGGCAAACUGUAAACCUCGAAUAACUUGGGAUUUUGUAACCAAACCAUUAGCAACUGAGCGGACAGAGAUUUUGUAGGCACAGAGACGUCUCCGGAAACCCUCAAAAGCUUUAAGCAAGAUAAAGAACGACGGAAACGACAAUCAAAAGCAGAACCACUGCGAAAUGGCGGAGAAACUGGCACCUGAAAAGCGUCACAGCUUUUUUCAUGGAAGUCAGAAGGUUUUCGAAUGGGAUCAAACCCUAGAUGAGGUGAAUAUGUACAUUACUUUGCCGAAAGAAGUGCCCACCAAGUUGUUUUACUGCAAAAUUCAGUCCAAGCAUGUUGAAGUUGGAAUCAAAGGCAAUCCUCCGUACCUCAACCAUGAUUUGUCUUCGCCUGUAAAGACAGAUUCUUCAUUUUGGACUAUUGAGGAUGAUAUAUUGCACAUUACUCUGCAAAAAAGGGAUAAAGGUCAAACAUGGCCGUCUCCAAUAGCAGGACAGGGUCAGCUUGACCCUUAUGUGGCGGAUCUCGAACAGAAGCGUCUCAUGCUUCAGAGGUUUCAGGAGGAGAACCCAGGAUUUGACUUCUCUCAGGCUCAGUUUUCAGGGGACUGUCCUGAUCCAAGAACAUUCAUGGGCGGCAUCAGGUCUGAUUAGCAAUCAUCUGUUUGUUCCAGUGAACAUGUACAUUAAAUAUCUCAAACCUUGAACCUUAACUAAAUAAUCUUGUGUUUCUACAAGCAUGCUUAUAACUGUUUCACUUUGUGCCCACUAGCUUCUUAAAUGUUCUUGAUUCUAGCUGGUGCCCGUAUUGAAUACCCAUGUUGACAUUGUGUGACAUUUGUGUCUGUAAUCGUACAUAUCUAUUAGUUCCACAUUAAUAUGGCACCCCACACCAGUGCCCUACUUU